CAAGUUGCUUUCAACCCACAGUCUUUUCUUUUCUGUCGUUCUUUUCGUUUCCAUCACGUUCAUUGAAUCAAUCAAGAUGAUUGUAUUUCAUCUACUUUCUUUCGUUUUAUGGGCUUGUCUGGGACAAGCCACCUUGACCCCUCGUAAACCGUUCGAUACCGCAUUCUAUGUCUUCAAUGGAGCCUGGCCAUGUUCCGAAGAUCAGCUCAAGACAAUCUCCGGGGCCAUCGACGAGGCACAUGAUCUUGCCAAGGCUGCUAUCAAUAUCCUUUCAAAGCCUGAAUCCGAACAGUCCAUCGCCUUCGAGUCUUGGUUUGGAACAAGCAACGGCACCCCUGAUAGAAGGGACAUCAUUCUCAAGAGACAUUUCCAGGCCGUUUUGGACAAUCUAGUCCCAUCCACCGCCGCCGCCCAAUUCCGACUCUCUCACAGCCCAUUCCUCAACCCCCAGCAAGGUUUCACCAUCACCGAAUCCUCUCUAGUCUACGCUUGCCCUCCUCCCGCCUCCCCGGUUUGCGAUGGCAAUACAGUCGCAGCUGUUCAAAGCGCAACCGGUUCUAGAGCAGCAGUAUUCGGAGCCACGCUUCUCGUUCUUUGCCCCGACUUCUUCGGAAACAAGCCUAAUCUCUCGAGUGCUGUGGAGUUGUGGAAAUCGGAGCAUACGCUGGGUGACAAUUUGUCGCCUGGGUUUGCACUCGUCCACGAAGUCCAGCAUAUGAUCCAAGCGACAGAAUCAGAAGAAGAACGCUGUGAUGAUUUACAGGAUCCGUUUGAGGACAACAAGGAUUGUUACUCAGCUAGCUGUUGCUUCCGACUUUCCGAUGCCCAAAAGUUGAAGAACGCUCAGAACUAUGCAAUCUACGCACUUGAUGUUUUGGCUUUCCCUGACACUGCAGGUUCUCCGUCAUCGUCUUGCAACCUCCCCCAGAAGCGUGAAGAAGCAUCUUUCUCGAACCUCUUCAAGCGUCAAGCACAGCCGUUACCGGAAUCUGUGCCUCCAGUUCAGCCUGCUCCUUUCCAGAACACAUCCGCCAGCUUCCUUACCUUUCCAAGGACAAGCACUGAACCUUUGUCCUCAGGUGUUCCUGUGACUCCUACCAGCAACGUUACUACGCCAGGCGGGGUUACUACAGAACCGGUUACAUCUGGUAGCCCUAUCACCACUUCAUUCACCGAUACCACGGCCACGUCAUCGGCAGCACCAACUACGACCGUCAGCGGCGGUGCCACAGUCGUAGUACCUGUCGGUGCAGUUGUUGUUGGCGGACCCGGAGGCGGCUUCAUCUCUGUUGGUGGAGCUUUGAUCCCCGUUGCUGCUGGUGCUGUCAUAACUGCCAAGCCAGAGGAUGAACAGAAGCCGACAGACCCGGAUGACAGGUCGAAAGAGCCUACGACCACUCCAACUCCUACUUCUACUUCUUCUUCUACUGAGUCCGAGCCAUGCAGUGCACCAACAACAACAGCUACGUAUGGUUCAGAAGGAAGCGCUGUCUGUCGUGAUUUAUCUGGGAUGAGUGACGCAGAGCUCUUGCAGCUCAUCCCAGAGUUUGGCAAGGUCAGCUCUUCAGCUGAGCCUGUACCAACUUCGACACCUGGUACGUCUAAUACUACCAUGAUCAUCUCAGGCACGCCUUCGCCCUCAACCUUUGUGACGACAGUAUCUCCCAAGCCAGAAGUUCCGACAUCCACAGUAAACACCACUUCAAUCCUUGUGACACUUCCAGCCCCCGACGGCUCAAGCACGCUGGCAACUGUUCCGACGAUCCAAACUACUGUUCCGUUUAUCGGUGAUACGACCAACUGCAACUUGACAAACAAUGCGGUACCGGAGUGUCAGAACUUGGUUAACGGAAAGAGGGCUUGCCUUUACUCUCAGCCCAAGGGCUUUUUGUGUGUUGCAGACUGUCCUGCCGGGGAUCCUUGCCCGCAAACCUGCCAGUCAAUGAAAUACAAGGGUGGCUAUUGUAGCAAUGGGUCUCCAUCUUGCGUGUGCUCAGAUGACGAUCCCACUGCUUGAUCAUACCGGUUGCAAAUUCUGCCAUCCUACGACCUUCGGAUCCUUCAUGGUAUUCAAGAACUGUACAUAUGCAAAGUUUUAGGUAGAUGAGAGAGUAACGAUGUUCCACACGGAGUUCGUAGCUAAAUCUCUGGUGUUUUGACGGAUGAUAUUCCACCUCAUUGAAAACGUACUUCACCAACUUGGAUAGUCUCGAGUGAGUAAAUCGAACUCACGAAAGAAAGAAUUCUAGAG